UUUUUUCGAGCCACCGCGUUCCCAGACUGAGCUCGAAAAACCUCCUCGUGUUCACUGGACCUCAUGUGUCCCGCGGGCCACUUAUUAAUCGGAGACCCCAGCCUUACAAGAACAAACCCCAAAACGUACCGAAGUGUUAAAAUUAUUGUCUAUUAUUGGAGGAAUGAACUUUAUAACUAGACAGUUGGGCAACGUCAAUAAACCCACCACAGUCAUCAAGGUGGAUGGGGACCAGGUCACUGUGCAAAGCUUUAGCACCUACAGGAACUCAGAAAUUACGUUCACCCUUGACAAACCAUUCGACGAGCGUACCCUUGAUAAUAGAACUUGCAAGACAAUUGUACGAUUUGAAGGUGAAAAAUUGAUUCAGACUCAAAAAUGGGAUGAAAACCAAACAACGCUAGUCCGGGAAAUCCGAGACGGAAAAUUAAUAUUGACACUUACCUUUAAUGAUGUUGUCAGUGUUCACACAUACGAAAGGGAGGAAUAAGGAUGCUACUUUUUAUUAUUUGCUGUAAUUCAUGUUAUGGUUUCACAGAGGGAAAUAUGCUGUGUUAUUGUACCUUUCAUAUGUAAUUCUCUGACAAACCUUAAAAUGUAUUAAAUAUAUCACAUAUUUGGGAACAAUGGUGGGAUUUUGGAAUGUUCAACUAAAAUAAUUUAUUUGCCUUCCAACCAAAUUAAAAAAAACAAUGUUUCCAAAUUGAAGGCUUCAUUUAGUUAUUAAAUAACCCACAUUAAGAACUUCAUUUUAAACUGAAGAACUUGAUUCGAUAAUAGCUCAACAAUGUUUUAUUUAAUAUUGUAAUUCAAUGAGUAAUUGAGACAGAUCACAGAAUUGGUUUCAUUAAAUGAUUUAAUUGCAGUUAUAUGCAACAUGGGCAGUACAGUACACAACAGGUAGAGUUGCUGCCUCACAGCAUCAAGAGGCCUGGGUUCGAUCCUGACCUUGGGUGUUGUCUGGAGUUUGCAUGUUCUCUGUUUCUUCCGG